AUGAUUUUGCAGUGCUUGCAGCGCAGGCGGGUAGAGGAGCAACUUCAAAGGAAAGAAUAUCAUCUGAAAUCUGGUCGUGCAACAACUAUAGAGACUUUCUCUACCUUCGGGCCCAAGCAAGAUCAAUGGUUGCCCAUCAUCGACGAAGAACCCUGCCAGCCGUUUAGCUGUCGUGCAGACUUUGAGUUUGCCGAACUCGCACACAAUGCUGCCUUGAACAAGGACCACACAGAUGAGCUGUUGCGGCUCAUUUGGAGAAUCACUGAGGGCCACGCAAAACUCACGUUCAAGUCCCACCGCGAUGUUUCUUUGGCCUGGGACAGGGCGGCCUCUCAGAUGACACCUUUCGAGAAGCAUACUAUCACUGCUCGACACAAACGGGAGGACCUCACAUUUGAUGUAUAUACACGCCCAUUGUGGGACUGGGCCUUGGACUUACUACAGGACCCAUUACUGGCACCGCACUUUCCUUGGACUGCAGAUUGCUGGUGGAAUGUACAAUCAUCUUUACCUGAAAACGGCGUCCCUUUUGCCUUCAUAUUGUAUGCAGACAAGAUGCAUCUAAAUACUGAUGGGCUGGGCAGCGGAUGGAUGGUUGGCUGGUUACCAAUAGUACCUGAAUACUCUAAGGAGGAUGGUAAACUGUCUUAUGUGAACCUCAAACAGGUUGUAUGGAACGACGGGUUUCUCAAGCUUCUCGAAACCAUCAUACUCUAUGCCAAGACAGGAUAUGCACAUCUAUGUUCUGACGAUGCACGAUCUUGUGUAGAACUGUGGAAGAAGGACAAAGCGGCUGGAGAAGAAGCAUUAAAAAAACGGGGCUUGCGGCCAGUUAUGAAUGUCUUCUGGCAGAUCCUGAAUUCUAACCCUCACAAAAUGAUCUCGCAGGAUCACCUCCACGUUUAUCAUAUUGGGGAAUGGGGGAAACAUUUAUUUGGUGAGCUCAAACGACAUUCAGCGGCUUUGGGACGCAGUGCCGAGAAGAAGAUUGAUGAUCAGUUUGCUGCCUUCACACGUUGGCGCAAUUUGAAUCAUUUUGAUCGUGUCACCAACAUCACCUAUAGCAAUGAGAGCACAAUCCAAGCAGGAAAAGCGGAGGUUCUGGUGUUUCAGACGCACUUAGAGGACUACAUCGCAAUUAUCGAGGAGACUGAUCCCGACGCAACCAAGAACUGGAACUUUCCCAAGAUGCAUGCCUCAAAGCACAUUUUCGAUGAUAUCAUCACAAAAGGUGCUGCUUGCAACUUCAGCACUCGACCAAACAAAAAGCAGCAUGGGCCGAUCAAGCGCUGGUACCUACGGCAGACCAAUCAUAAGGAUAUCGCUAACCAGAUCCUUGUACUUGACCACAAGAGCUUUGUUGCUGAGUUUAUUCGCAGCCGUAUUGAAUUUUGUGAUGAGGAACAACAUAAACUCACGCUCUCACGGGAAGAACUUGAAGACAACGACACUGACGACGAGCCAUUCAAAGCUCACUUGCAUCUCAGUUUGCCCCUUAGGACCCUCACCAGCCUAGCGCAAGUGGAGGAAGACAACAGGUCAAAUUGUGCCUUUGACCAUUUCAGGAAGAAGCUCGCAACGUUUCUGAAUCACUUCCUGCCCUCCCACAACAUACCAUUACCAGACGGAAUACGGUGGCUGAAACUUUCAGCACAUGACCAAGUUCACGAACAUCACUAUCUCAAAGUCCACUAUGAGUCUGCUGCUACCUGGAAGAUGGCCACUGACUAUCUACGAUGCAGUCCAAGUUUUCAUGGCCACAAGCGUUGUGACUGUGCUCUAAUCCGCACACAGGACAAAGAUGGCCAUGACAAAAACAUUUUUGUCAAGCUAUUAUUUGUGUUCAAGCUUACUGUCGGCAACCACACCUUAGAUCUUGCUUUGGUUCUUCCCGUGGAUGCUUCACCACAUCGGCGCCUCCUAGAUCGAGACCUGCAACUAACUUGA